GGAAGAGCCAUUGUUCCCAGCUCAGUGGCCUCUGCCCAAACUGAGCCUUUGUUUGCUGAUUUCCUUUCUGGACACCAAGGUCCUGUGAACUCACAGGGAGGCUGUGGUAGGGGAGGAACUUGUGUACUCCUGGGUCCCCUCAAUUCGAGACCUGUGCAUUCCUCGGCUUCCCUUGUCAUCUGGGGGUGGCCAGAUGAAAUAUUGCACAGAGAUGAACUGGGGAAAGGUCUGGACAACAGGAUGGACAGAAUCCUGGGUGUGAGGAGAUCUCCCUGGACUCAGAGCUAGGGGUGUGUGCCAGACCUGAUGGCCUGGCAUGUCCUACAGGCCAUACCUGGGUGGAAAUGGCAAGAGUUGGGGAUUACAAGCUGAGGAGGGGUGGCAGGAGGCUCCUUCUGGUGUGGGCUGGGGCUGGGGCUGGGCCUGGCCUGAGGCUGCCCGUGUAGCAGUCUGAGCAGGAGAGGAUCAGACUGGGCCAUGAGGAUCUGCGAUGAAUGGGUUUGGGACUACACUUUCCCACCUGGCACAGGUUGGGCCCCCAGCUUCCCUGAAGGAGCCCACAUUUCUGUGUCCCCUGCAGGGUUUCCCACUGCACGACGACAUGGAGACCUGUGGCCGCAAGGCUCCUGGGGGCUCAGCUUGGACGGCAGUGGGGCUGGGCUGCAGCCUCCUAACAGGGCUUUUGUCUGGGGUGGUGGCCUGGGAGACGGCCUCCCCACUGCCUGCAUCUUGGAGCACCCCUGCAUCUCCCCUGCCAAGUGAGGCUGGGCAGCCUUGUUGGUGGGUGCCCCUGAAGAGGCCCAGUGAAGGGCCCGGCGCCCGCCAUGAACGGCCUGUCGGUGAGCGAACUCUGCUGCCUCUUCUGCUGCCCACCGUGCCCUGGCCGCAUUGCUGCCAAGCUCGCCUUCCUGCCUCCAGAGCCUACCUACUCACUGCUGCCUGAGCCUGAGCCAGGGCCUGGAGGGGCUGGAGCUGCCCCCUCAGGGUCCCUGAGAGUCUCUGCCGGCACCCCAGGGCGCUGGAAGGUCCACCUGACUGAACGUGCUGACUUCCAGUACAGCCAGCGUGAACUUGACACCAUCGAGGUCUUCCUGACUAAGAGCACCCGUGGCAACCGCAUCUCCUGCAUGUAUGUGCGUUGCGUGCCUGGUGCCAGGUACACAGUUCUCUUCUCGCAUGGCAACGCAGUGGACCUGGGUCAGAUGAGCAGCUUCUACAUCGGCCUGGGCACCCGCAUCAGCUGCAACAUCUUCUCCUAUGACUACUCUGGCUAUGGCGUGAGCUCAGGCAGGCCCUCCGAGAAGAAUCUCUAUGCAGAUAUCGAUGCUGCCUGGCAGGCCCUGCGCACGAGGUACGGCAUCAGCCCGGACAGCAUCAUCCUGUACGGGCAGAGCAUUGGCACAGUGCCCACAGUGGACCUGGCCUCGCGCUACGAGUGCGCUGCGGUGGUGCUGCACUCGCCUCUCACCUCGGGCAUGCGCGUUGCCUUUCCUGACACCAAGAAGACCUACUGCUUCGAUGCGUUCCCCAACAUUGAGAAGGUGUCCAAGAUCACAUCGCCAGUGCUCAUCAUCCACGGCACGGAGGACGAGGUGAUCGACUUCUCCCAUGGGCUGGCGCUGUACGAACGUUGCCCCAAGGCCGUCGAGCCACUGUGGGUGGAGGGCGCUGGGCACAACGACAUUGAGCUCUACAGUCAGUACCUGGAGCGCCUACGCCGCUUCAUCUCCCAGGAGCUGCCCAGCCAGCGCGCCUAGCGGCUACCUGUGCACCACUGCGCCGGGACUUCAGCAAUAAGGCAGCCGCCUGGACUUGUCCUGCUGCAGCCCUGGGGGCUGCAUGUGGACCCCCAGGGCUCCCAGGCAGCAGGCAGGCAGCCGUGACCCCGCCCCGGCCCAGGGGCCAUGGACAUUGUACAGGAGAUAGAGCUAUGCUCUCUUCCUUUUGAAAGCAAAAAGAAGAAAAGACGUGAAAACAAAUUAAAGAUUUAAGAUUUUA